AUGCAGCAGCAGAUUGCAUGCGGGGGAGGAAAAUGCGGGAGCGCUGAGACUGCAGCCCUGCAGCAGCAGCAGCAGCAGCAGCAAGCAGCAGCAGCAGCAGCAACAACAAGCAGCAGCAGCAGCAAGCAGCAGCAGCAGCAAACAACAGCAGCAGCAGCAAGCGACAGCAACACGUUCUUACUCGUGCUGCUUCUAAUCAAACAGCAGCUGCAACAGUUGCUGCAGCAGCAGCAGCAGCAGCAGCAGCAGACAGAUAAACAGAGACAUAUACAGAGACAGAAACAGAAAAAUAGAAAGAGACAGACAAAAAGGGAGGGAAAGAUAAAGAGACAGAGACAGAGACAAAGACAGCAGCAGCAGCAGCAGCAGCAGCUGCAGCAGCAGCAGCAGCAGCUGCAGCAGCAGCAGCAGCAGCUGCAGCAGCAGCAGCAGCAGCAACUGACUUGUUUUGAAUGUUUGUAA